CCUCCUCACUACUAGUGUAUUUUAUUCCCCUUUCGUAUUCUCUUUUCUACUUAAUUAUUUUCCUCUUUACUGUUAUUUUUCAUCUCUUUUCUUGCUAGAUCUCUCUGCUUCAUGUGAAAAUGUUUCUUACUUCCUCCUUCUUGAACCUCUUUUCUUUGUCGUAUGUGACUCCUUAUGCCCUGGUUCUCCUCCUGUUUUUCUGUUUCUUUGUGGGCUCUUUUUUUUUUUUUUUUCCCAUUACCUAAGUGUAGAUAUUCCUGUGGUUCCAUUCUUGACCCACUGUUCUCACUCUACAAACAUGAUCUAAAUCUAUUCCCCUGGUUUCACCUAUCAUCUGUAUGCUGAUGAUCUUUCUGUCAAGAUUUAGACUCACAUAUCCAGUUGGCAGCUAAGCUGUUCACCUAGAGGUCUCAUAGCCAUUUCAAAUGUAGUUUGUCGAAAACUGAACACAUCUUCUCAUCCCAAACCUGCACUUCCUCCAGUAUUCUCUAACUCAGUUGAGAUAGACAGUAAUAAACAACUGUUCAAGUUAGAAACGUGCAAUUAACUUGAAUCCGCUACCCCCACCUUCACUUUCUAUAUCUAAUGAAGCACCAAGCUGUGACUGCUUUACCUCCUGAAUAUUAUUACCCCUUAUCUCUAGCCUUGCUCCUCUCACACUAGUUCAGGGCCUCAACAUCUUUCCUAGAGCUGCGCUACUCAGAGUAUGCUUUAUGGAUCAGCAGCAUCAGCACCACCUGGGAGUUUGUUAGAAGAAAAAGAAUUUCAGGCUCCACCACAGACCUACUGAAUCAGAAUCUGCAUUUUAACAAUAUCCCUAGGUGAUUUGUACUCACAUAAUACAUUUCGAGAAGCUUCAUCCUAGGAUAUUACCACAGCCUCCUAACCACUCUACCUGCCCUCAGAUCCACCCUCAGUGUAACCACUAGAAUGUUUUACCUAAAGUACAAGUCUUUCUAUGUCAUUCCUCUGCUUAAAAAUCCUUCAUUGUUUUUCCGUUUUCUAAGAAUAAAAUCCAAGCUCCUUAGCUUCCUACCACCUUGUCCCUGCCUACCUUCUCUAGGCUUAUCCUCUGCUAGUAUAAGACCUCCCAUGAACUAUGUGGGUCAGUACUUACAAACUGUUUAUGGUUUCCAGAAACCAUUGCUCUUUUUCUUGUUUCUGUGUCCUAUUCAUGCUGUCCACUUUGCCUAGAAUAUCCUCAUACUCUUCUUCUGGCUAUCUAUCUCCUGCUCAUUCUUUAACAUGCUGCUUCCCUGGAAGCCUUUUCACUUCCUUCAAAGCUAAUCUUCUUUGCUCCCUUAACCUGCAUAUCUAAUUCUCUCUCCAUCUGUCUUUUUCACUAAUAAUAAUGUGAGAUCUUUGAAGGAAGGGACUUCAUCUAAUGAAUCUGUGUUUCCAGUGCUGAAGAUAUAAACUGGCACAGAGUAGGCCUGCCUCAGUAGAGAUUAGUUCAAUAUGUGAAUCAGGGAACUACCAGGUCAUCUUUAUUUAUUGAGUGCUUACCCUGUGUCUGUAGUAUUUCAGUUUCCUACUUAGUAGUAUUCAACAUAUCCCAAAACAUUAUAUAGAGAUCUGUGUUUUUCGCUAGGAUUUUAAGGAAUGCUUAUUUAGGAAAGUAUAGAAACAGAAGCAACAGGGCUUUUGGAAGUAAGGGUAGAUGUUUAGGAAGAUGAAUGACAGAGUUCCGCUUAUUAGGGUAUUUUUGCUAUUGCUGGGCUGAGGGUAUCUGAAAUAAGUAGCUUCUAGUUUAGUGACAUUAGGUGAAUUUGAAUGAAGUCAGCUAUGAGAAGUGUGUGCACUCUGGUCACUUCUGAGAGGAGGGCCAUUUUAGUACUCUGGUCUGAAGUUUCAAGGCUAUUAGAAAGAAGGAAACAGGAUUUGGGUUAAAUUCUCACCCUGGGUGUGGGCAAAAUUUAAUCUAGGCAUUGAGGUCAUUUUGCACUAGCCUCUGAAGCUAGAGCUCAAAGAAUAAUUUUUCAACCCUGCCUUAACUCUUCCAUUUUGGAAGCAGUAAACAUUUGAGGAUUAAAAAAUAGUUGCAGGAUUUUUAAUAGUGGUAAAUUAGAUAAUGAGAAUUUGAAAAAACAAUGGUAACAGUAGAAGUCCAUAUUACAAGUGAGUAAAUGGUAAUACAAAACCAAUUUAACAUAUACCAUCUUAAUUAAUUCACUCUUCACCCGUUUUCCCUCUUCUUUCUGUCUCUGCCUUCCUCUCCAUCUGCUAUUUGUAUAUGUUCCUCCUCGUAUCCUUCUCUUCUUCUUCAUCAUUCUCACUUAUUUCUUCAUGUCCCUCAUCCAGCCCCAGAUCUUAUUAGCACAGGAAUGGCUACCAUAACGAUAUGGAACUAAAGUAUCAUUUAAUAUGAGAACCUACGUUUGCCAUAUUUGUAGCAUUACCUUUAUAUCUUCAGAAAUGUUCCGGUCCCAUAUGCAAGGAAAUGAACAUCAAAUUAAAGAAACGCUUGUUAUCAAUCUAGUGAAAAAUUCAAAGACACAAGAGCCUUUCCAACAUGAAUGUGAAGAUUACAUCAACAUGCAGAAAGCCAGAGAACUACAGCCAAACACUUGUUUCAGAAAGAUGGAAGAGAGCUUCUUGGAAACAUGUGAGUACAGAGAAGUGAUCGAUUUUGGACCGAAACAAAGAAUGUUUGAGCAAAGAUUCCCAUAUGAGACUUUCCAGACAUACCCAGGACCACACAAUAUUUCACAAGCAGUGGAAAACCAGUUACCUCAUUACUUACCAGCUCAUUCACAGAAGGGGUAUGACUCUUUCCAAGAUGAACUGGAGGAUUACAUUAAAGAGCAGAAAGCCAGAGGACUAGAGCCAAAAACUUGUUUCAGAAAGAUGGAAGAUAACUUUAUGGAAACCCAUGGGUACAGAGAAGUGGUUGAUUCUGGACCUAGACAUAGAAUGUGUGAACAGAGAUUUUCAUUUGAGACUUCCCAGACCUACCAAGGACCAUACAGUGUUUCACCAGAGGAAAACCAGUUAUUGUAUAGGUUACCAGCUUCUUCAAAGAGGACAUAUAACUCUUUCCAAGAUGAACUUGAAGAUUACAUCAAAGAGCAGAAAGCUAGAGGACUAGAACCAAAGACUUGUUUCAGAAAGAUGGAAGAUAACUCUAUGGAAACCCAUGGGUACAGAGAAAUAGUUGAUUUCAGACCUGAACAUAGAAUGACUGAGCAAAGAUGCCCAUUUGAGACUUUCCAGACCUACUCAGGUUCAUACAAUAUUUCACAAGCAGUGGAAAAACAGUUACCUCAUUGCUCACCAGCUCAUGACAGCAAACAGAGACCAGACUCUGUGAACUACUAUCAACUCACCAGAGACUGUUUCUCAGAAAAACCAGUACCCCUGAGCCUUAGUCAACAAGAAAAUAACUCUGGCCCAUACAGUGUAGAAUCUGAAGUUUACAAGAAUCUCUCCUCAGAAAACAAAACCAGUAACCAUCAAGCAAGUCAUAAACGGAGACAUCAGAAGAGAAAGCGAUAUCUGGAAGGAGAUGAAAAGUCAGAGAAGGAGCAGUCCAAACAUAAAAGGAAAAAGAGUUAUGAAGAUGUGGAUUUAGGUGAAGACAAGAACAUCCAACAAAGGGAAGGAAAAGUAGAUAAAGUCAGUGUCAGUUCAGGAAAGCUUAAACAUCGAAAGAAGAAAAAAAGUCGUGAUGUAGCCUCUGAGAAAGCAGCACGUAAGCACAGAAAAGAGAAAAAGAAACAUGUCGAAGAAAGGACGGAAGAGGAAAUGCUUUGGGAUGAGUCUAUUCUUGGAUUUUGAACUUUUAGUUUUGUUUACCCAAGGAUGAAUUGAAGACAUAAGGAUAUAGAUCUAGACAAAGACAAGAGCAGCCAGUGAAGAAAAAAAGAGAUACAGUCAUGUCAAUUCAGCAAAGCUUAAGCAUUGAAAGAAGAAAUAAAAAAGCUUAAGCCUAGCCUCUGACAAAGAGGGACAUAAGCACAGACACCUACCCAGCGGCUCCGAGGGAGAAAGACCUGUGAUCUGUUUCCAUAAAGAUUACAGCCUAGAAAAUUCAAUGGGGGCAGUUCUGCUCUGUCGCAUGGGAUCACUGUGAGUCAGAACCAACUCUGUGGUACCAAACAACAGCAAGCACAGAAAAGAGAAACCUGUUAAAAAUGGAAGAGGCAAUGCUUUGGGAUGGGUCCGUUACUGGAUUUUGAAACUCUUUAGUUUUGGCAUCCCAAUGUUGAAUUGGAAGAAGUAAGUUGAGAAGUUUGGUUUCAUGAAAUUCAUGUUACUUGAAUUUUCCUGGGUGGACAGGUACUUUAACCUCUACCAACAGCCAAGUGAAGUAAAAGUGUUCAAUAUGCCUUUUCCCCAAGUUGGAAAUCACUUUUCUUCGUUUUUUUAAAAACAGAAAAGUUCCAUGUUUCUUACAUGUAAUGUAAUUUCCCUUAAUGAGGGUGUCUCUACUUGUAUUCAUCAAAUUGCUGUGAUGGUAAAUUAUUUAUCCUUGGAGAUCAUUUAUUUUAAAUGAGAGAAUUACCAGGCAUUGAAGAAUCCAUUCCUUGUUUGGGUUCGUGUUAGUGUUGGUGGUGUUUUAUUGUUUUGUGUGUUUAUGUUUCCUGGUUUCUCCAAGGAAAAUGUGUGAAGCAAUUUAGACUGAGGUUUUUUUCUUUGUUAAAUUUAAUUUGCAGUGUAUUUUUGUAUUUUCUAGUUCUGAAAGUGGAAAGUGAAACAGCUACAAUAAUAAGUUUAAUGAUCUAUAGUUUUAAAAAGCUCUCAGAAAGUAUGGAUACAGAAUCAGUCUAUAUUCUGGAAAUGUUUAUAUUAAAGUAUUUUAAUUUCUACAUAUUGUUUUAUGUAAAUGAUCAUUUCUCAUUCAAAGAUGAUUUUAUUUUGGGAGUGAGAAGGCAAUAAUUGAGUAGUUUGUACUUUUAGGACUU